UGCUUUGCUUGCUUCUGCUAAGUGCUAAGUUUGAGUUAAGUCGGUGCUAAUUCUAUAAGUUUGCCGUUUGGUCGUGAGUCAAUAUAAAAAUUAAUUGAGUUACUUAGCCUACACGACCAGUUAUACUUAUUCGUUUUUAAUGUAAGGUAUGACAGUAUCAGUAUGAGCGAUGAAAACUUGGUUGAUAGUGAAGAGAACAUAUAUCCGUCACUUGAUACAAUUCCGCUUGAGGUUUUUCUUCACAUAUGCUCAUUUUUGGAUGGAAAAGAGUUGACAGGGUCUUUGAAAUAUGUUUGUAAAAGUUUUUAUGAAAUAUUAACGGAUGAUUCUACUUGGCGAACUUGGCUGAAACACAGAUGGCCUGAUUUUCCUACAGGAAAUUUGUGUUAUAAAGAUGGUGACAUUCCCAGCACUUCGUUGUGUCUUCACAUUGACCGAGCUUUUACUUUAUGGUCAAAGGAAGAAAGCAAUUUCAGCAAAUGGUCUAAUGACACUGCACACAUCUCUACUGUGGAUGCUGUUAAGCUUAUUCAGGGAGGUCGCGUGGGAAUAUCAGGGUCAAGGGACCGCAGUCUGUCAGUGUGGAACACAACGGACAAGUUGACGUUGGUGCAGAACGUAACCGGACACACCGGCUGGAUAUGGAAUCUGGCAUACUGCACUGAAAUGCACCAGCUGUUCUCAUGUUCUUGGGACACCUUGGUGAAACAGUGGUCUCUCGCUGAGGGGCUGACCGAGUUGGCUUCAUAUAAAUGUAAGACAGCUGUGUUGGCGGCAGCUGUGCGGCCGGGUUUGCUGGCCGCAGGUCUGUUUUCUCCUGAGGUAGACAUCUUCGACCCCCGUUAUGGCGGUGAGCGGGUCACUGGCUAUAGGGCGCACAGUCGCAGUAUUAUGGCUCUUGCGAUCGUCCGAGACUACAUCGUGAGCGCCAGCGAGGAUCAGACUCUUUCAGUGUAUGACCUCACGGCUGGCAAAGUGUUUAAGGCCGGCAUCCAUAUUACAAAAGAAGGACAUCCCUUGAAUUUGUCUUACAGUGGAGGCAACUUAUUGUUCAUUGGCGACACAAUGGGAAGGCUUCACAUCCUCGAUAUGAACCACGAACCAUUUAAUGUUGUUAACAGCUUUGACUUGGGACACCAGUCACCCACUGGGGUGUAUACCCAUAAGAGUAUCACAGCCAUGUGGCACGACCCAGGGUUUAUACUGACUGGAUCCAAGGACGCGUCAGUGCGUGUUCACACGACAACUAAUCCUCCCAGGCUCAUCACACGGCUGUCAUCGACUCACGGCGAGAUCACGGCGAUGGAUUUUGCUGAUCCUGUUCUCUUGGUGGGUUGCGCUAACAACGCGGUUGAAAUGUGGAAGCCUUAGACUCAAGACUUGGUCCAGCACUGACAGGGUGGAUGAUGCACUUGCAUAGCUUUAAACUAAUAAGUCAAUACUUUUGGUUAACUAUUUAUUAAAUGUUAGUAAUUUCACACUGUCUAUUUAUAUUUUUAUAAUAAAAUAACAUGUUUAUA